AUGUCACAAAUACUAGCCUUAUUUCUUCUGCUAUUGCCUCAUAUCACAGCUGAAACAGUGGAAAAUAAUUGUUCUGAGCCAAGACAACGAGGGAAUUUCUGCGAAAAACCUCAAAGUCAAAAGUUCUAUUUCACGUCACAAGGAGUUUGUCAACCAUUUAUGUUUAAUGGAUGUAAUGGAAACGGUAACCGAUUUGAUAGUUUAGCUCAAUGUCAAGAUUUCUGUUUGAAAGGCUUGGGAGCUCAAAAGAUGAGAGAUAAUCGAAAUGACACAACUGACAGUUUCAAAAUGAAAGAAGCUUGUUCUGCUGAUUAUGAUACGGGCCAUCUAAUCCCCACAAGAUGCAAUAGUAGCCAGCCCUGUACCUUAGGCUAUACUUGUAAAGAAAGUUUUUGCUGUCCUUCGGCUGAAUACAUUUGUAAUCUGAAUUACGAUACAGGAAAGUUUGCUGUUGGAGGAGUGAAGAGUGAUAAAUACUUUUGGAAUCAAGAAUUCAAUGUUUGCAUGAGGUUUUCUUUUUAUGGAACAUUGGGCAACGUUAAUAAUUUUCCUGAUUAUAACAGUUGUAUGCGAGUCUGUGGAAAGUUCCAAAAGCAUAACUAA